UUAUAAAACUCUGUUUCCCCCCUCUUCCCCUUUCUCUCCCAACUCCCAAAAACCCUUAUAAAUCGCCUCUCAAUUCCCGAACCAUUAUCUUCUUCUCGCCGUUCGGCUCUCGGUUAGCCUCCCCGCGUUACCAUCAAGAAUCCCUCUCCGGUUUCUCCAUCCAAUCUUCAGUCGAGUAUUGUAAAUGGAAGACCAGAGUCCGAGGCGGAGACAGAUCAUCGAAAUCGAUGCCCACCUUCCGGGUAGUAGCGGUAACGUUGGAGGAGUGGGAGGGUACAGCAAGAUUUGUGCAGAGGCGCCUUGUGGCUUCUCUGAUGCACUGAGCAGCAAUUCCGAGGAGGCCAGGGAGCGGGCAGCUUCGAUGCGGAAGCUCCUGAUGGCGGUCGGGUUCUGUGUGAUUUUCAUGGCCGUUGAGGUGGCCGGAGGGAUCAAGGCGAAUAGUUUGGCUAUACUGACUGAUGCGGCGCAUCUGCUCUCGGACGUGGCGGCAUUUGCCAUCUCGUUGUUCUCCCUGUGGGCUGCUAGCUGGGAAGCCACUCCGAGGCAGUCGUAUGGGUUUUUCAGGAUCGAGAUUCUUGGUGCGCUGGUGUCGAUGCAGAUCAUAUGGCUGCUCACUGGGAUUAUUGUGUACGAAGCGAUUGUUAGGCUCGUUUAUAACACGGGGGAGGUGGAUGGGUUCCUCAUGUUUUUGGUUGCAGCAUUUGGUCUGGUGGUGAAUAUUAUCAUGGCGUUUUUGCUCGGUCAUGAUCACGGUCAUGGACAUGGACAUGGUCAUGAUCACGGGCACGGGCACGGGCACGGGCAUGGGCAUGGUCACGAUCACGAUCACGGGCAUGAUCACGAGCACGAUCAUGGACACCAUCACAGUCAUGAGGAGGGCCAUCAUGAUCAUUUAGAAGAAGGGCAUCAACAUCAUGUUGAUGAAGAGAGUGCGAAGCAGCAGCCAUUGCUGGACAAGAGGGUAAAGGGGGAGGAGAAGAAGAAGCAGAAGAAAAAGAACAUUAAUGUUGAGGGAGCUUAUCUUCACGUCCUUGGAGAUUCCAUCCAGAGCAUAGGAGUAAUGAUUGGAGGAGCAGUGAUAUGGUACAAGCCCGAAUGGAAGAUAGUCGAUCUGAUAUGCACCCUGGUCUUCUCGGUUAUAGUCAUGGCCACGACGAUCAAGAUGUUGAGGAGCGUUCUCGAAGUCUUGAUGGAGAGCACGCCGAGGGAGGUCGAUGCAACGAAGCUGGAGAAGGGGAUUCUUGAGAUGGAAGAAGUGGUGGCCAUCCAUGAGCUGCACAUAUGGGCCAUCACGGUUGGGAAGAUCCUCUUGGCUUGUCAUGUCAAAAUCAGGCCCGAAGCAAAUGCUGACACGGUGCUGGACAAUGUUAUCAACUACAUCAAGAGGGAAUACAACAUCAGCCAUGUCACAAUCCAGAUCGAGCGUUAAUGGUGGAGGGCAUCAUGGUAUGAGGCUAUCAGGCUAACAACUUCUGGGAUUUCAAGUUACAUUGGGAUAGGGGCAUGGACCUGAUGAUUAGGUUAGAGUUGUGAAUGGAAAACGAAGUCACAGAGAAUGAUUUGAUCGAAGCUUCGAUCAUCGGGGCACUAGGUGCUGUGAUGAAAGUCUAAAGGGUUGGGUCAUUGGUCUCAUGAACAAGAGGUGGCUAGCUGGGGUAUUGAGCUGACUGAUGAGUAAGAGGGUAGGCUCUAGUCUUACCAGGACUCGCGCAACAAUGUUAUGAUGCUUGUUGCGAAACGAUUCUGAUAUGAACACCGCUGGAUCGAAUUGGUGAGACUAAAAGCUAAGGUAAUCUGGCAUGGUAGAGUCAUGAAUAUGUAAGGCAUGAUACGAGGCGAAAUCGUCUAAUUAUUGUCCACGAAGAAAACAUGUAUUCAUGAAUCAUCUGCUGUGUUCUUUUGGAUACGAAGUCUUAUGCCCUCUUUUCCUG